GUUCGAAGCAAUUGGAAACAGUUCAGCUUCUUCAGUUAUUUCUUUGUUUCGGACGAGUUAAGUGCAUUUAGAUAGAGUAUUACUGCAAGCUCGUCGCGCUGUCCCUUUCUGAAAAACUGUCUUGUAUGUGAGAUACGUGUGAGUGUUUCUGUUCACCUUUUUCGCAAAACCUGCCUCUGGUCAAGCAAACAGUGAUAGUACUACCGGCUAACCGGAAGCAGCGUGUCCGAUCAUUGUCGUAGUGCAAUUGCGGAAAAUUAAGUGCCAAUCGUGAUUCUUGGAUUAACGUGAAUCCCCUUUCUCAGCUAACAGGAAGCAAGCAAUCGAAAGAACCAACAAAAUGUCCGAAGCUGUAGAAGUCGAGCAAAUCAUCGAAAGCAAGCCACGAAAGAUGGCCCUCCCUACCUCUCUGGACAAGGACGCAAUCCGGGAAGCUUACGAGGAAGUUCGAUCGAAUCUGACUGACAGUGAGUGGGCGGUGUUCAAAUUUGAUGGCCUGAAAAUAAUCUGCUCCCAAAAAGGCAUCGGAUUUGAUGAAUUCUGCGCUGAAUUCAACGACGACGAAAGGGCCUUCGGAUAUAUCCGGAUACAGAUGGGCGAUGAGAUGUCCAAGCGAAGCAAAUUCAUGUUCCUUACCUGGAUCGGCCCGGAAGUGGGAGUGAUGCAACGGGCUAAGAUGUCUACCGAUAAGUCAAUUAUUAAAGAUGUGAUCAAUAACUUUGCCGUCGAGCUACAGGUAGAAUCAAGAAACGACCUGGACCUGGAAAUGUUUAAGGAACACCUAAACAAAGCCGGUGGAGCAAAUUACGGCACUGGAGUGCGUGAACUGUAAACAAAACGUACCAUGCAUGCACACAAAACAUUCUGACAUCACAAUCACGCUCCCAGGAUACAUUAGCAUCGCCUAAUAUAAGGAUAAGUGCGUUUAGGUCUUCCCCACUGUUUCCCUCAGUGUAAUCGAUAGAACGAACGAAGUCAGGAAGAGCAACGAGAAUAAUAUGGUAUCAAUUCCAAAAUGUCUCCUAUUUAAGUGUAUAACUUUCUAACCGAACAAAAUUGUGAUUUGGGAAGACUCCUUCUAAAUUGAAAUUUUUGAGCGUUUUUAUAUUUAUAAGCAAGUAAUAAAAACCAUCCGAAAUGAUUGAUUGAAAUUAAAAAAAAAACAUCCAUAAUCUAACGCGUGAAAUCAAACGAAUAUUGGAACUUAUCUGCAAUAUUAUCAUAUUAAUUCGAAUAGUUGUUAAGUUUACACAAGAAGAAAACCUUAAUUAAUACGAUGAUAGUUAACAUAAACUGGAAUCGAGAAUUUAAAAUAUGGAAACACAGCGUCAAUGAGAAAAGUUGGUCCUGAAGUCAGAUUUCUUUUUGAGCUAUUUUUACCAAUUGUAUAAACUAAUUAAAGAAUAAAACCCGUUCUGUAGAAGACAUGUGUAAACUGCCGUAGUAUUGACGGAGAAAAUAUACUAGAAAAGAUAUAAA